AUGGCAGCCCAACGAAGCGCAGCCAGCGAGAGCCACGCCUCGCCGGAUGCGGCAGCGCCGACGCGCCGCCUGGCGCUCAUCGUGCACACGUGGGGCCACUCCAGCUCCUUCUUUGCCUGGACCUUCAUGAAACAGUACAUCUUGCGGCGCGUCGAGAAGGACGGCUGCACGGUGCUGGAUCCCUCUGAACAACUGUUCAUCGUCAAGGCGGGCAAGGAUGAUGAUGGUGACAAGUGGAAGAUGGGCGGGCCACUCAUUCCAGACCUGGACACAACGGUGGCUCACUACCCGUGCACUGUGGUGCGGCUUGAGGGCGGAGCCAAGUCCAGCAUCCAUGCCUGGCUGGACAGGAAUGCCAUCGACAUACUCGUGGUUGGCGAGCAUUGGCCUUCGGGAGGACUCAAGAUGAUGUCGGUGAGUGAGUGGGUGAAGCAAAAUGUGAGCUGCCCCUUCCUCAUCAUCCGCCGCUCUGCCGUCGCCAACGCGAGAAUGAAGAUCAGCUCGUCGCAAACCAACACCAGCAGCGUGACGGCGGCAACAGCGCCAGCUGCAAGCCCAGAGGCGUACUUAGGGCGCACCUCCCCCGCCUGCCCACGCACGGCGGCCAUGACGGGGCGGCGCAUCGCAAUUGCCUACACCAGCUUCACGGUGGGUCGCGGCCUCAUGCAGUUUGCCAAGAGCAAGGUGCUGAGUCACAACGACACCAUCUUCCUGUGCCACGUCUUCCCGGAGAGGAAUGCCAUGGAGAAGAACCCGGUGGUGCACCAGACGAUGAAGCUGGUGCGGGUGAUGACGCUGAUGCAGCGGGGGGACUCCAACGACGAGGUGACGCGGGACAACUCCAUCGAUUUUGGCGCUGCUGAGCUGGCGGGCUACAACUUGAACCUGAACGGCGACGCCAAGUCUGCUCUCACCAGUUUUUGCGAGAGCGAGGACAUUGAGCUGCUCAUCAUCGGCACACGCAGCGGCGGCAAAAUCCGGAAGAAGCUUAGCGGCGGCGGCGUGUCGAGCUUCCUGAUUGACCAUGCACCCUGCCCGUGCCUGGUGGUGCCAUACAAGCACAUGGGCAUCGACGAUGGGCGGGACACAGCAGACGAGGAACUGAUGGGCACCUCCCCCAGCUCGCCAUUGGGCUGGAUGACGGCGGCCAUGGAUGCGGUCACAGGAGGAGGAGAGGGGGCAGCGGCGAAUAGAGAGCGCGGCUCCAGCCCGACGCCGCCUGGUGUCACAGUGGCAGCAGACGUGGCGGCAGGUGCGAGCAGCAGCGGCGUUGGGCACAGCACGCCGUCCGACCUGCUGGCAGCGCUGCAGAAGCAGCUGGAGGAGAAGGAUCGGGUGAUUGGGGAGCUGCGGCAGCAGGUGCACGAGCUGCAGCUGGCGGCAGCACAGCGGGAGGCCGAGGGAAGCCACGACGCGGGGCGGGCCAGUCAGGCUGUGUGA